UUUCAGCUCCACCGGCCCGCCUGCCGUGUUCCCCACUUCACUGCCUGCCAUGGAGAAGGUCCUCAUCCUGUUGCUGAUCUCCUUGGCUGUAGCCUACGCUGCCCCUGACCCUCGGGGCCUGAUCAUCCACCUGGACAAUGGGGAGCUGUGCGUGAAUAGCCUCCAGUGUAAGAGCAAAUGCUGCCACCGGACCAGUGGUCUGAGCCUGGCCCGCUGUGCCGACAAAGCCCCUGAGAACAGCGAAUGUUCUCCCAAGACCCUCUAUGGAGUUUACUACAAGUGUCCCUGUGAGAGGGGAUUGACCUGUGAGGUGGACAAGACCAUCGUGGGCACCAUCACUAACAGCGACUUUGGUAUCUGCCAUGAUAUUGGCCGUUCAAAGGAAUAAAGUCUUUCUCCACUUUUCCCUACGUUCUCCACCAACCCACUAGCUUCUCUGUCAAUUAAAGCCCAUCCUGCAAACCCUU